AGCUCACUUUCUCAUUAGGAUUACUAUGAGUGUGGUAAUUGGUGCUGCGAUUGAUAAUGGAAGUAGAAAGUCCACGAGCUCGUGCGGCCAGAAUACUUAAAGCAACAUUUUUACAAGCACUGCAGAAUAAUGACUGUAAAUCCCUGAACGAAAUCCUAGGGAAGAAGAAGAUAGAUGUUGAUACCAUUUUUGAAGUGGAAGAUGAAACCAUGAUUUUGGCAUCUUAUAAACAAGGUUACUGGCUGCCAAGUUACAAACUGGGGUCAUCCUGGACAACAGGCCUACACUUAGCAGUGAUGCUUGGUAACCUGGAGAGUAUGGCAGUGCUACUAAAUCAUCAAGCUAGUGUAAAUUAUCAACCAAACGGGAAAGCACCUUUACAUGUUGCCAUUGAUGUGAGAAACAGGGACUGCGUUAGCAAAUUGUUACAUCAUGGAGCUAAAGUAAAUUCUUUUUCACUGAGUGGAUAUACACCAUUACAUUUAUGCAGAACGAAGGAGUCAGUUUCCUGUGCAAAACUACUGAUCUGGAAUGGUGCCAACCUGAAUCUACAGGCUAACAAUGAUUAUCAAGAUACUCCACUGCACACAGCCGCACGCUUUGGUGUACCUGAACUCGUGGCCCUUUACGUCAACCAUGGAGCAGAUGUUGAUAGUCUUAAUGUCUAUAAUGAAACACCACUUAUUACAGCAAUUUACUGGGCUUUAAACAUGAAGGAACAACAAUAUAGCACAGACCAUCAUCUGAUCUGUAGAAUGCUUAUAGACUAUGGAGCUUCUGUGAAUGCUCGAGAUCGGGAUUACAAAUCUCCACUUCAUAAAGCAGCAUGGAAUUGUGACCAUCUGCUCCUGAAAAUGUUGUUAGAAUCAGGCGCCCAUAUUGGGUCAAUGGAUGUCAAUGGCUGUGCCUCUCUACAGUACCUCCUGAAGGUCACAGGAGUACGUCCUGCAGCACAACCAGAGAAAUGCUAUCAACUGCUGCUAAACCAUGGAGCUGCAAGGGUUUACCCUCCGCAGUUUCACAAGGUACUACAAUCAUGCUACAGCUGUCCAAAAGCAGUGGAGGUUAUGAUCAAUUCAUAUGAAUUCAUUCAAGCCACGCCAAAGUGGAGGCAAGUUAUACCAGAUGAGAUCCUAGAGCAACACUGGGAAUUUUAUAAAUCUCUGUUUGAUGUCUGUGGAAGAUCUCCACGCUCUCUGAUGCACCUGGCUAGAUGUGCUAUUCGAGCAGUGUUACAGAAAAGGUGUUACAAAGCAGUGCCAAAACUUAACCUUCCACUUCGACUUAAAAAAUAUCUUCUAUUAGAACCAGAGGGUGUGCUCUAUUGAGUCUCAAAAUUGAUAAAUGAGUUUCCACACAUCACUGGAUCUUAUUCUUCUAGUUAAAUCAACCAUUGCACAAAGUUAAUGGCCUGGAUUUUGUGGUUAGUGAUGCAGGAACAAAACUCACUAUUCAUUAUGUAUACAGCUACCCACAGACUUACUGUGGGUUUUUCAGCAACAGCUUAGAGUUACUAGAGGACCUUUUCAGUGUGGUGCCCUCUUUAGGAGAAUGUGCGUUGUGAGCAGGAAAAGGUGCAGCACAACUCUUACAGAAGCAAGUAGUCUCAACCAGGAAGCAUAAAUUAAAAUAUUAAAUUCAAUGUAAAGUCAGGAACAAAAGCAAAAUGAAGUGAUGUGAGAAACAAAAAAAACUUGAAUUUACAUACAGCUUUCCAUGACCACGAGACAUCUCAAACUGCUUUACAUCUAAUGAUGUCCAAAGAAAUGUAGUCACUAAUAUAAAGUGGCAGCCAAUAGAUACUGAACAAAAUAUGACUCACAAUGUGAUAAUAAACAGAAAACCUGUUUAUGUGACAUUUUUUAAGGCAUAAGUAUUCACUGGUCACCAAGCAGCUUCUUGGAAAUACUGCCAUGGUUAUUUUUACACCUUCCUAAGGAGUCACGUUUGGCCUCAGUUUAAAGUCCCUAUUAAUGCAUCUGAGUGUCAGCUGUGAAUGGAUUCUAACCAAGCUGGCCAAACAAGAACUAAGAGACACAAAUUUACUUUGUUUAUUGACAAUGUUAGUCCAAAUAUCUAUUCCCCCUUUAUAUCUAUAUAUCAAUUCAUUAAUUCAUAGACAUCAUCAGUUUCACUUCUAAUCUUAACUGUGUUCAAGAUGUAAGGUUAAUGUCCAGGGAUAUGCAGGCUAGGUGGAGUGGCCAUGCUAAAUGUGGGGUUAUAGGGCUAUGGUGAUGGUGGGGGAUCUGUGUGGAAUGUUCGUCAGAGGGUCGGCGCAGACUUAAUGGACCGAACAGACUCUAUUUGCACUGCAGAAAUUCUAUGAUUCUAUGAGUGCAUUGUUGCUAACUUUGUGGAUGACAUAAAGAUAGGUGAAGGGUCAUGUAGUUUUUAGGAGGCAGGGAGUCUGCAGAAGGACUUAGUCAGGCUAGAAAGUGGGCAAAGAAUGACAGAGGGAAUAUAAUGUGGGAAAUUGUGAGGUUCUACACUUUAGUGGGAAGACGAGGGGCACAGAUUAGUUUCUAAAUGGGGAAAGGCUUUGGAAAUCUGAAGCACAAGGGGACUUAAGAGUACUAGGUCAGGAUUGUCUUAAGGUUAACUUGCAGUUUCAUUUGGCAGUUAGGAAAGCUAUGUUUCAAGAGGGCUAGAAUACAAGAGCAGGGAUGUGCUGCUGAGGCUGUGUAAGGCUCUGGUCAGACUGCAUUUGGAACAUGGUAAGCAGUUUUAGGUCCUGUAUCUAAGGGCAGAUGUGCUGGUGGUAGAAGGGGUCCAGGGGAGGUUCACAAGGAUGAUCCUGGGGAUGAAGAACUUGACACAUGAGGAGUGGUUGAGAAAUUCGGGUCUGCACUCCA